CUUCACAUAAAGUUGUAAUAUUGAAUAAAGAUAACGGCUUAAGAUUUUGUCAACGAUGAUAUUCAGUGUUCUGGUACCGAGUCUGUGUUGAAGAAGCAGAAGAGGGCCGAAGAGUGGGCUUUUGCAAAGGCAAAAGAGGUUGAAGAGUCGAAGAAGAAGAAAGUCGAGACCCGCAAAUUAAUCUGCAAGAAAGCUAGCGAUUAUGCUCAAGAGUAUGAGAAUCAGGAUAAGGGUUGAUUUAGUUGAAGCGCGAGGCGAGAUUGAAGGGUGGCUUUUAUGUCAGCCUAGAAGCUAAUCUAUUGUUCAUAGUCUGAAUUCGUGGCUGGUUUAUUUAUUUAUGUCGCCGUGGUUGUCCUGAGCUGUGGCUAUGGAAAGAAUGUACGGCGGCGGUGGUGGUUUGAUGAUGACCAGAGACUCAAAGCCACGGCUGAGAUGGACUUCUGAUUUGCAUGAUCGUUUUGUUGAUGCUGUCACUAAGCUUGGUGGCCCCGACAAGGCUCAAAUCUGUAUUGAGGCUAAUGGGAUUGAAGGGAUUGACUUUGUAUCACUUAAAGAGUCAUUUACAGAAAUAUAGACUUGGACAACAACAAGAAGCCAAAAAACAUAAUGUUCUUGAUCACAAUACAGAGAACAGUGUUCUUAUGGGCAUCAUAACAUGCGUAUCGCAAGCACGAGCGCUAAUUCAUCGAGCAUGAAUAGUGAACAAGGAGACAUUCCGAUUGCUGAAGCACUUAGGUGUCAGAUUGAAGUGCAGAAAACACUGCAACAACAGCUUGAGGUGCAGAAGAAAUUGCAAAUGAGAAUAGAAGCUGAAGGGAAGUACUUGCAAUCGAUACUCGAAAAGGCUCAACACAGCCUUUCUCCCGACAUAAACCAGUCCGAAAAUCUGGAAUUAACGAAAUCUCAAUUAACCGACUUCAAUUUAGCCCUCUCAAAUUUAAUGCAAACGAUAAACGGAGACGAAAUAAAUGGAAAUAAAGUAGCACGCGAAACGAGAGACCAUAUGAAGCUUGAAACCGAAGGGCCUUUGAUCGAGUUUGAUUUAAAUUCAAGAAGUAGCUAUGAUUUCAUCGGCAUCAAUAAUCGAGCAGUACUCGGAGCUAACCAAUUCGAAAAUAGGUUGCAUGAUGGAUCCACAAAAAACCAAAUUGUCAUGAAAUCAACUUCUUGGCUGCAUGUUGACAUUGCUCAGACAGUGGGAGAUGAAUCGAGUGAUGAAUUAGGUAUAGUUGAACAACCUUCUUCAUAUGGGACAGUG